AUAGAGGCCUAGAGGAACUCAGGAAAGCAUAAGCUAAUUAAGCUCAGAGAGUGCUUUAGAGUUUAGAGCUUUUAAGAGAGAUGGCUUCCUUUCCAAGGCCUAGCCGUUCUAAUGAAAUCCAUGACAUGGCCACACCUCAAAACCCCAUCACUUCGGGACCUCCUCAGUACAAAUCACUUGAAGAUCUCCUCCCACCCUUUCUUCUUAAAAAGGUGGUUUCCGAAAUUAUAGCAACAUUUCUACUAGUAUUCGUGACCUGCGGCUCGGCCGCGCUGUACACUAGCAACCACGACCGGAUUUCACAGCUGGGGCAAUCAGUGGCCGGAGGACUGAUCGUGACGGUGAUGAUAUAUGCUGUUGGGCAUAUCUCCGGUGCCCACAUGAACCCAGCCGUCACCUUGUCUUUCGCUGUGUAUAGGCAUUUCCCUUGGAUUCAGGUCCCUUUCUAUUGGGCAGCUCAGAUCACAGGGGCCGUCAUCUCCUCAUACAUCCUCCGUGAAUUGUUGGAUCCAAUCACCAAUCUUGGUACCACCACACCAUCGGGUACGGUAUGGCAAGCAUUGGUGAUGGAGAUCAUUGUUACAUUCUGCAUGAUGUUUGUUACAUUGGCAGUGGCGACAGACACAAAAGCUGUAGGGGAGUUGGCAGGCUUAGCAGUUGGAUCAGCAGUUUGCAUUACUUCUAUCCUAGCGGGGCCGGUAUCAGGAGGAUCGAUGAACCCUGCAAGGACAUUAGGACCUGCGGUCGCGAGCAAGAAAUACAAUGGGCUUUGGGUGUACUUCAUUGGCCCGCCGAUGGGUACCCUAUCCGCGGGGUUGGCCUACACUUUCAUACGUUUAACCAACAAGGAUGGUAGUCAGAAACUAUCUUCAUUCAAGCUUCGCCGUUUGCAGAGCCAAGGUUCACCUAUUCCCACUGAAGAGGUUGGUUUGGAAAAUGUAUGAUGGAUGGAGGCCAGCUUCCAAGGGCUUAGCCCAAGAAAUAACAUGAUGUUGCUAGCUUUUAUGUAACUGGCUAGUCUACGCAUCUUCGUAUAUGGCUGUGUCUCUUGCAUUGGAGGAUCUUGGUUAGGAAACCUCCAUCCUGACAAACUAUUGUAAAAUGUCAGCUUUGGGUUUUUAGUGGAAGUGACAAUAUAUCUUUCUUUUUAAGGCGGUA